GUCAACGUUUGUGAUUUUUUUUUUUGAAUAAAUUAACAGUAUUAAAUAAAGAAAUUUAAAGACCGCCCUACAGGAGACUCGAAUCCGAAAUCUUUGGCCUCAGGCAUUAACCCCUUACUGCUUGACCAACACACGCACACCGUUUGUGAUUCAUUUUGAUAUUAUGUAAGGUCGCAUGUGGAAUCAAGCAUUCGUAUUAGGAAUCAGAUCUGCGCCAGACUUUUGUGCUGGUAGUUCCAGGACACUCGCCUCUAAUCCGAUCUGUCAUGAACUAACAAAUAAGAUACUCCUAUUAAAUUGAGGAACCCAUCUCAUUGUCAAACAUUGGAGAAAGAUUCAAAAUCAUGUGAUAGAAUAAGCUUUUAUGGAUGUGACGUGCAUCAAUAAUUUUCCACCAUUCAUGAUCUGAUCAUCCUCAAACUCACAGAUACCACAGAUCUCAAACUCAAAGAAUCCCAUGGUGUCCAAAUGUUUGAGCUUCAGUCUCCAUCUCCACCAAAACCACAUCUUCUCAAACCCAAAACCCAACUACCACUUGAAGAAAUCACUAAUAUUCCCAACCAACUUAACUAAAAAACACCCAACCCUGCCGAAAAGAUGCUACCCAUAUCCCCUGAUGUCAUCAAAUCAUUCUCAAACAAUCUCCCAGUUCAACGAGUGGGAGCCCGACCCGACCCUGACGAACGAUGACCUCAAGCCGACGGCGUGGGCCCACCGGAGUCUCUCGGGGGUGGACAUGGCGAGCCUGUGGGUGGGGCUGGUGGUGGGGGUGCCAUCAUAUUACCUAGCCGGCAGCCUAGUCGAUCUGGGCAUGGCGUGGUGGCAAGGCAUAGCCACCGUGGUCGCCGCCAACAUAAUCCUGCUCUUCCCACUAGUCCUAACCGGCCAUCCGGGCACAAAAUACGGAAUCUCCUUCCCGGUCCUAGCCAGAUCCUCCUUCGGCAUCCGUGGCGCUCAUAUCCCCACUCUUCUCAGAGCAUUAGUUGGGUGCGGUUGGUAUGGGAUCGAAUCUUGGAUCGGCGGCGAAGCAAUCCUUCUUCUCCUUCCAAGAGUCCUCAAGGAAUCAUCUCUUGCAGAGCCAUUGAAGUGGCUUGGAACUUCGCCUCUGGCAUUUGGUUGCUUCAUCGUGUUCUGGCUGCUGCAGCUGGGAACAUUCUGGAAUGGAAUCGAAGGAAUCCGACAGCUUGAAAAAUACGCAGCUCCCAUUCUGACUCUGCUCACUCUCUCCCUCCUCAUGUGGUCAUAUGUUAGAGCUGGUGGGUUCGGCCACAUGCUCUCUCUCUCAUCAAAGCUUUCAUACUCCGAAUUCUGGGCGCUUUUCUUCCCUUCACUCACAGCAAACAUCAGCUUCUGGGCUACGCUAGCACUCAACAUCCCAGAUUUCACUCGCUACGCCAAGACCCAGCACGAUCAGAUCAUAGGCCAAGCCGGUCUCCCUGUCUUCAUGGGCGCAUUCACAUUCGUGGGCCUCGCCGUAACUUCAUCCACCCCACUCAUAUUCGGUGAACUCAUCUCCAGCCCAAUUCAACUUCUGGGAAGAAUCGGUGGGAUUUGGACCAAAAUCCUGGCCAUCUUAGGCAUAAGUCUGGCCACCAUCACCACCAACGUGGCCGCCAACGUGGUCGCCCCUGCGAACGCGCUGGUCAAUCUCAGCCCUUCCACCUUCACGUUCCGUAGGGGAGCGCUCCUCACGGCCCUCCUCGGGAUCGCGUUCCAGCCGUGGCGGCUGCUGCAAUCCAGCGAGAGUUUCGUGUACACGUGGCUGGUGGGGUACUCGGCGUUGAUGGGGCCCAUCGCCGCCGUGAUUUUGGUGGAUUAUUAUCUCAUCAAGGGCGCUGAAUUGAGCGUCCCAGAUCUCUACACGUUGAACCCCAGAGGGGCUUACUACUACGUCGGUGGCUACAAUUUGGGUGCCAUUGGAGCGUUGCUCCUUGGGAUUUUGCCAGUGCUUCCGGGUUUCUUCAAUAAGGUUGGAAUUUUGAGCUACGUUCCUCGCGCGUUCAUGCUCAUUUACAACAAUGCGUGGUUCUUUACCUUCUUCUUAGCUGGGUUUGUGUACUGGAUAAUGAAUAGGCGGACUCAUGAAUACCUCACAGAGCCCCUGCUGCCUAAUUCUGCAUCUUAGUUACAUAUUAUGAUUUCAAUCUCCUUUUCCCAACAUAUCUACUUUACCUUCAAUUUCUCAAACCAUAUUUGUACAAAACUGGAGCUAGCUUGUAUUUGUUGUGUUGAUUGGACGGACCACUCCAGAUUUACACCGGUCAUGUAUAUGGACCUUUUUUUUAUCAGCAGCGGUAAUUUAUCAA